GUUUGUGAUGGAGGAAGCAAUCAUAAUUCCGACAAACAAAGUCAACCGUUCCUGUGGCUUUACCAAUAAACUCGAGACAUUGCUGCUUUUUUAUAGGUGGUUCACCGUAUCCACGAAUGGAUGGCAGAAAAAUUGCAAGCCUGCUUCAGGGAGGGAAACGAAUGCCCAAACCACAACAUGUGGAUGACAAAUUGUAUCAGAUAAUGAUGAAAUGCUGGGAAAAUGACCCGGAUAAAAGACCAACAUUCACUGAUUUGAAAAACCAGCUCAAGGAUAUGGAGAACCAACACAAGCGGCUGAUAAACAUGAAGAUGUUCGACAAGACGCAGUUAUACGCAAACGCCGAGGACUUGGUCGUGUAAAGUAGCAGAGGUUUCAUCACUGCCCAAACAACAAACAUUCAUUGAUUUCGUUAUCAGUUUUCGUAAUGUAGUGUUUUGCU